AUGCCCACACUUGUCAUUGAAGAGGUGAGCGAUUUAGAUUCGGUUCCAGUCUCGCUAUUGGAACCCUCUAUCUUCGAGCGUGAGGAUCCCAGCUCACUGCUAUACAAGUUGAAUGAUGAGGAGAUCGAUGACGAAGAUGAGUUUGACCAUCUUCUAGAAGACGAAGCUUUCGCCACAGCCAUGGGGCAGCGUAUUUUGGCGUUGACCGGGUACGAAGUGGAUGAUAGUAUGCUCUCGCUGCGUCAGCUGAUGCUGGGCGGUGCUUCGCAAGCGAUGUUGCAGGAAUUCCGCGCUCGCCAUCCGCGACGAUUUGAUGUGUAUCGUGGUGAGAACCAAGUGUAUAUGCUACCGCGUUUGCGUGACUGGCACCUGAUGCCGUCGGAGCGUAGUAGCCACACGACCUACCAUGUCUUGCCUGGUGGCUACCUGUCUGCGAUUGAGAUUCCCGAAGACGAGGAUGAUGGUGAGAACGACCAUGGCCUGAUUCGUGAGGACGAAAUCAAAGACAUUGAUAUGGAUUCAGAUGUGGAUCUGGAUCUGGAGGACGAUUUGUUGUUGCAUGAUGAAGACGAUGACUAUAUGGACUGGUUAGGUGUCCAGCUAUUGAAGCGCAAGGCUGGUGCGCCGAUGUGGGUGAUUGAUUCGGUGCAAGAGCGGCCGCAGGACAGUGGUAUUAUGUAUACGUUGUGGGAGUCAGACGACGAUCAUGGCGCAGACGAGGAUGAGGACCAUGCUGUAUCGAUGUCCUUCGUCAACGUCGGCACGAGUCCGAACAGCCGACCCCGCAAGACUGUCAAAGUGUAUGAGCCGUAA